AUUAAGCCUCGCGCAAAUCAGAGCGGCCUUUAAUUAUUAUCCAGUCUACGUCACGUAAAUUCGAAAUGAAAAGGCAUACAUACAGUCUUAAAUAUUCAUUGUUAUUUUCCUCGUCGAAGUUAAAAUUGUAAGGUCUAUGAAAAAAGUAAAAUAAUAAGCAUGUUCAAACAACUUUUAACAACAAUGGGUGUUCUGCUUUUUCGAUUUAUGUCGCCCUAUUUGGAAGCCGAAGUGAAUUAUGUGGAAAAUUUGUGGACAGUUUCAUAUCAAAAAUCUGUUAAUUACUCGUUUCCCACGAGCUCCAUCAAGCAUAAACCGUAUACGAAUUCAUCUCCUAGAAACUUCGGCGAGUACGAUUUCGUAGUAAUAGGGGCCGGCUCGGCGGGGGCGGUCAUCGCCAGCCGCCUAUCCGAAGUGGCCCACUGGAAAAUCCUGGUUAUAGAAGCCGGUGAAUGGGGAAACGACCUGACCAGCAUAACGAGCUCAGCGUACAAGAUCACCCUUAUGAGCGAUUACAAUUGGGGUUACUACAGUAUACCACAGGAAAAUAGUUGUUUAGGUUUCGAGGAAAACCGUUGCCCUCAUCCUAGAGGAAAAGGAGUCGGAGGUACGUCGUUGCUAAAUGCCCUGAUCUACAUAAGAGGUAACAGGAGAGAUUUCGAUACGUGGUGUAAUAUGGGAAAUCCCGGUUGGUGUUACGAAGACGUCCUGCCAUUUUUUCUGAAAUCCGAAAACUACCAUCACACAGAUCCUAAGGCGCCAGUAGAGUGGAUUUACCAUGGGAGAUCCGGUCCACUGUGGGUGGAACAACCCAUGCCCAGACACCUCCACCAUAAGAUAUUUCUGAAAGCAAACGAAGAGAUGGGAUACACCAUCAGGGAUGUAAACGGGGAAUCCCAAAUGGGAGCGAUGCCGUUUCAAAUCAACACAAGAAUAGGCAGGCGGCAGGACAGCGGUACGGCCUUCCUGAAACCCGUUCAAAAUAGAGGAAACCUGAAAAUCAUGACAGAAAGUUUGGCGACAAAAAUUAUCUUCGACUCGAGCAAAACCGCUAGGCAGGUACUGUUCCUGCACAAAGGAAUAUCGUACAGAGUAAACGUUAGGAAAGAAGUGAUCGUGUCAGCAGGAGCAAUUAAUACCCCUCAGUUACUGAUGUUGUCGGGAAUAGGACCUGCUAAACAUUUAAAAGAACUUGGUAUCGAUGUAAUCAGCGACCUUCCAGUAGGAGAAUCGUAUUCUGAUCACCUCCAAAUACACGGCUUAGUCUUCUCCAGCAACCUCUCGGAGCCCAUCCGGAGUUUCCGCGACUCCAUCCGCGAGUUCUUGUUCGAAGGAAGAGGAGAUUUGGCGGAAGCGGUACCAACCCAAGCUUUGGGUUACUACAAAACCAAAUUGGGAAAAAUCGAAAGGUACCCCGACCUGGAGCUCAGUUUCCAAGACACCAACCAAACCUCAGACGCUCUCAGCAGAAGCUACAGAUGGAGGCCGGAGGUGAUGAAGUACAUUGGUGGAGUAAACGCUGACAGUUCAUUUCAAAUAUUCGCCACUCCGCUUCACACUAGAUCCGUGGGGACCGUGAGGUUGAAGAACAACGAUCCCCUGCAAUAUCCUCUUAUUAAUCCUAAUAUUCUGUCGGAUAAGGAAGGCCACGAUUUCGAACUUGUUUACGAGAGUAUCCAGGUGGCCCUGAACUUGACCAAACAGGAGGCUUUUAGAAAAAUUAACACGAAAUUCGAGCAUAAACAAUUACCUCAGUGCAAGGAGUUCGAGUUUAUGAGCAAGGAUUAUUGGAGAUGCGCUAGUAAGUUUGUGGUGAAUCACAACAAUCAUCCGGUCAGCACGUGCAAAAUGGGACCGAAUUCUAAAGAGCACGUAGUGGAUCAUAAGUUAUCGGUGCAUGGAGUGAGAAAUUUAAGGAUAGCUGAUGCAAGUGUUAUACCGAUUUCGACGUCUUCUCAUAUUAAUGCAAUUUGUUAUCUCAUUGGAGAGAAAGGGGCUGAUAUUUUGAAGAAGAACUGGAUAAAGGAGUGGUAGUUGAAAAUGUGUACCCUUGUUGUAUACUGAAAUAUUUGCUGUUGUUGAAGAAAUGAAGGAUAUAAGAUGAGUUAGGAAUAUUACAAAGUGAGCGGUAUAAGUGAUUUAUUUUACCACAUUUUUCUGCGCAUUUGAUAAGAAAAAGUAAGUUUUUAAACAAAUAAAAAUACACAUUGAUUGUAUCAUUGUGAUCAACUCGAUUAUGAAAAAAAUUUUCCUCUACAACGGAGAUAACAAAUAACCUUUAAACAAUUUAUCUAUUAAAUAAAUUGUUUAAUUAACUAACAAGCUG